CCUGUGGUUUGGUCACUUUAACGGUUUUGCUCCAAAGUGGUUAUAUACAACAAUACCCAAACAACCAAACCCUAGCCUUCUUCAGCAGCAGAGUUUCUUCAACAACUCUAUAAUGGCGGAUGUUGAAGUUGACGUUGCGGCAGCCGGAGCACCGAAGAAGAGAACGUUUAAGAAGUUUUCGUUCAGAGGAGUGGAUUUGGAUGCUCUGCUUGAUAUGUCUACUGAUGAGCUUGUUAAGCUCUUCACUGCUCGUGCUCGCAGAAGGUUUCAGAGAGGUUUGAAGAGGAAACCUAUGGCUUUGAUCAAGAAGCUCCGCAAAGCUAAACGUGAGGCACCAGCCGGUGAGAAGCCAGAGCUAGUGAAGACCCACUUGAGAAACAUGAUCAUCGUUCCAGAAAUGAUCGGGAGUGUUGUCGGUGUUUACAAUGGCAAGACGUUCAACCAGAUUGAAAUCAAGCCGGAGAUGAUCGGCCACUACCUUGCUGAAUUCUCUAUUUCAUACAAGCCUGUGAAGCACGGUAGACCCGGUAUUGGUGCUACCCACUCCUCCAGGUUUAUUCCAUUGAAGUGAGAUCUUUUUUUCGACAAGUCCGUCUAUGUUAACCAUGAUUGGUACCAAAGACUGAUUUUUUUUGUUCUCUGAAUCUGUUAGUUUGUUCUCCUUUCACAAAUUUAAGACAUGUUUUUAAGGAUCUUUUUCAAACUUUUUGUGAUAGAUACCCUGUUAUUUUUUA